AUGACGGUUGCGGCCUCAGGCGCCUUUGCGCUGCCGCAGCCCCUGGCGCCUCCGGCCCCGCCGCCCGCCGGCGCCGCUGGCGCCGCUACGCGGCAGCCGCUGCUGUUCGGCCCCAACUUUGUUGUCGGCGUCACCAACGACACUUUCCACGCGACGCUGGCGCGCCUGGGGUCGGUCGCGACGGCCGCGCCGCUGCUGCUGGUGCUGAGUGGUAACGUGACCGUCGCGCCGCACCCGGGCCUGCCGCGCGGGGGGUUCAACGUUACACGGCCGGUGGUGAUCAUGGGUCGGGACGGGGUGACCACGGGCCUGGACUUCGGCGGCAAGGCCAGCGCCCGCGACGCGACAGCGGGUGCUGUUUCGCCACCUGGGCGGUGCGCUGGCGGCCGCGCUGUCGAUGCGCUGACCCUG